AAGUUACGCCUAUAUGCUAUUUGACAAAAUAUGGUUCAUUUAGACAUAGGGAGCAAAAAUAAUUUUUAUAGACAAUUUUAGAUCUUGAUUUUGAUCGAAAUCGAACUAACCUAACCCCCUAGAUCAUUCUUUCAUUUUUAAAAAAUCAGGUUUUCACUUUGGAGAAAAACUUUCUAUAUCUUUUUCGUAGAGUUACAUGAGAUGUAUAACGAAAAAAAAGUUUGAAUCGGAAAUGAUCAUUAUUAAAAGAGCUAUGAAUUUUUGAAGAUUAGGCAGCUUUUAUAUUUGGGAUUAAAUAAUCAUACUGAAGUAAUAUUGAGAUAAAAAGUGAUUAAUUGAAAAAAUGUUUUAGAUAAAAGUUGUACAUCUCCACGAGAUAUGAAAUUGUUGUUAAAUACAUUUUUUUGAAAAACGAAUAUUUUUCGAGAAACUAAUAAUUUUCUAAACCAUUUUUCUUUUCUUUCGGAAUUUUUUUAUUGUAAACAAUAGAACUUUCGCCUAUAUGUUACUUAAAGAAAUCUGCUUCAUUUCGCCCGAGAAGAUUUACCAAGUUUUUAAUGAACAUCUCCGUUGCUAACCUUCAUCGACAAAACAUCGGGGAAGAUGACGACCAAGCUUUGUACAUUGACAAACUUUGUGUCUAAAACUUUAAAUCGCGUCAAUUUAAAGCAUUAUUCGCGAUCGCCUGUCGCCUAUACCGAUAUCGACAUAAAUGCAGAGAAUUGGAGAGAAGAACUCUAUAAUACCAUGCAAGUUAUACCAAAUUUUGUCAGCGUCCAAGAGGAAAAUUCUUUGAUCGAGGAAGUUGAUCCUUAUAUGAAGAGACUUCGAUACGAACAAUCCCAUUGGGACGAUGCGAUACAUGCUUAUAGAGAGACAGAGCGAAAGCAAUGGAACGAAAAUAACGUAAAGAUUAUAAACAAAAUUCGUGAGAAAGCAUUUCCUAAAGAUACGAGUCAACUUUCCUUGAUACACAUUCUGGACCUAGCACCCGAGGGAUGGAUAAAACCACACGUCGAUAGUAUUAGGUUCUGCGGAGACAUCAUCGCUGGUUUAAGUCUAUUGAGCGACAGUGUAAUGAGACUUACAAUGGUUGGAAAGGAAACAACGUCCAAACAUGAUUUUCUAUUACCAAGGAGAUCUUUAUAUAUAAUGAGUGGCGUAGCAAGGUAUGAUUAUAAUCAUGAGAUCUUGAAGAACGAAGAAUCUUACUUCGAAGGACAACAUGUACCUAAAGCAAGACGUAUCUCAAUAAUAUGCAGAUGCCAACCGAAUAGUAAUAGUUAGAAAUAUGUAUGUUUGUUCUGUAGAUUUAUACUGUACAUGAUAAAGUUAACGAGAGUAUUAUAUCAA